AUGGAAGAGAAUCCAGAAAGACUUUUGAUUAAGCAAGGAGCAGAGUCUUUAACAUAUAAAACAUUGUUUCUUCCUGGAAUACCAUGUCUUUUGAAAAUUCGAUUUGCUAAGCCCUAUAGACACCCUGUUCUAGACGAACGUUUAAGAAAACAUAGAAUUCAUGUAGAAGCAAGGCUCUUAUAUAAGUGUUAUAAAGGAGGAAUUAGCUGUCCAGCUCUUUACUUUGUAGAUGUAAAAAAAGGUGAACUUUGGACUGAAUGGAUUGAAGGAAAAACAUUAAAAGACGAGCUUUUAUACUGGGAAAACAAUACACGGCCAUAUCAACAAGAUUGUAAAUUAAUUAUGGUAUCUAUUGGCCGUAAUAUUGGGAAAAUGCAUCAGCUUGAUGUUGUUCAUGGUGAUUUAACAACCAGCAAUAUUAUAAUACGCUUACCAUCUUACCAACAAUCAUCUUUAUCUUUAGAGUUAACGGAGGAUGACAAAAUUGUAAUUAUUGACUUUGGUCUUGGUUGUGUAACACAUAUAAUUGAAGAUAAAGCAGUAGACCUGUAUGUUUUAGAACGGACAUUUCAAAGCACACACCCACAAAGUGAAUUUUUACUUAAAUAUAUACUAGAAGGGUAUUUAGAGUCAUGGAAGGGUUCAAAAAAUGUAUUACGUCGGCUAGAAGAAGUCAGGUUAAGGGGAAGAAAACGAAAUAUUAUUGGCUGA